CUGCGCGCGCCAUACUUGACGUCAUAAACUGCAUCUUGGCGCUAUCGUCUGCUGUAACCAUGGAUACGGCUCCUGCUGCUGCUGCUGCUGCUGCUGCUGCUGCGGGCGGCGUCUGCGUGUGUACGUACGUCUUCGCCGUCAUCGGUGUCGUCUGCUCGGCGUACGUCGCUCUCUCCUGCCUCCGCUUCGUCUGCCGCCUCGUGAAGGUUUACGCUCUCUCACGUCCACUCCAUCUGUACGCCGAUCUGUCCAAGAUGGGAAGCUGGGCAGUGGUGACCGGGGCGACGGACGGUAUAGGCAAGCAGUACGCUCUACAGUUGGCUGAGCAAGGCCUUAACAUCGUGCUCAUCGGUCGCUCGCCGGAGAAGCUGAAGGCGACCGAGAGCGAGGUGCGCAUGCGCAGCAACGUGCAGGUGAAGACGGUCGUCGUCGACUACAGCGGCGGACGGGAGAUCUACGAUGACGUCGAGCGAGAGUUGGCGGGACUAGAGAUCGGCGUCCUGGUGAACAACGUCGGCAUGGGCUACGCGUGGAUAUUCGACGAAUUCCUGGACGUGGAGAGAGACGUGCAUCUGCGCAUGCUCAACGUUAACAUGAUGUCCUGCGUUGCUAUGACGUUCAUCGUUCUGCCGCAGGUGAGCAAGGGUGGAGGGUGGGGAGGAGGAGGGAUGAGAGGGAGAGGGGAAUGGAGGAGAGUGGAAGACAGGGGUAGAGAUGGAGGAAUGGGAAAGUGA